UACUUUCUACCAUGCCCUGAGGGCUUCUAUGGAACUGAUGAGGGGAGAAGGAGAGGGAGAAGGAGAGGGGGAGGGGGGGUCCUGUCGUGGCAUGGUACCGGUGGUCAUCGGGGAUGGAGGCUCCACUCUGUCUCUGGUGGUGGCUCGCUUCCUGGGAGUCUUCAGAGUGCCUCAGGUAGAAAGACUGGCUACUUACAUUAGCAGUAUACACUACACUUUUUAGGAUGUUACUAAGAAGUACAUUGGCUGAAUCUCUCUCUCUCUCUCUCUCUCUCUCUCUCUCUCACUCUCUCUCUCUCUCUCUCUCUCUCGCUCUCUCUCUCUCUCUCUCUCUCUCUCUCUCUCUCUCUCUCUCUCACUCUCUCUCUCACUCUCAGUUCAGUUAUUUCUCCAGCUGUGUGUCUCAGUAACAAGGCAGAGUUCCCAGCCUUCCUCAGGACCCUGCCCAGUGUCUUCUUCCAGGUGACUUCUGAUUCCAUUUAACUCUCUAACUCAUCCACUUUCUCUCUCUGGUGUAGUCUCUGUCUAAUCCCUAUCUAAUCUCUACUCUGGCCGGUUUGGUAGCAAUUGAGCGUGGGGAAAAAGUUAAUCCCUGUCUGAUUCCAAGUGGAUGCUCUGGUGCAGCUUGUCCAGCAUUUUGCUGGACCUGGGUGGGUGUGGUUGCCAGGGACUAUGGAAUAUGGUCAUAGGGGAGAUCAGAUAUUUUCUGAGGAGGUUUAUGGGAUAUACUGUACGAUUUUGUCCUGCGUGUCUGCUAAAUGACCAUAGUAUACCAUUAUAGGUCCAGAAGCUUGGUGCCUGCGUGGCCCUCCAUGAAAUCAUCCCCAAGAACCACGCGGAGGGGGCCAUGACCUCCAUUGUGGCCCACAUCCAGUCCUCCGGGGCUGGGGUGGAUCUGAUGUUUGCCCUGGAGCAGGAUGCUGGAGCUGUUUGACAAGGCCCUGCGGCAGGGUCUGACAUGGGUGCAGUGGCUGGCCAGCGAAGCCUAGAGUACAGCCUCAGUCCUCUCCACCCCUCCCCGCUUCCUCCCCAUCCUCCAGGGCUCCAUGGGCUUUGCCAUCUGCCGAGCUGUGCACAUCCCUGGGCUACAGGAAUUCCUGAUGCGUCUGCACCCCUCCAGCCCAGAUGCCUCCGAAAACCCGUUCCUACACCCCUUCUGGGAGGAGGUGUUUGGGUGUAGCCUGCAGGGUGAUGGGGGUGGAGGUAGUCAGAGGAGUAAACCUCUGUGCUCUGGGUCUCAGGAGCUGGGCAGUGUGAGGAGCAUCUACUCUGACGUGUCUCAGUUGAGGAUAUCCUAUAACGUGUACAAGGCUGUGUACGCCAUAGCCCACGCACUGCAGGCUAUGAGGAGCUGUGAGACAGAGAGAGGACUCUGCCCAGAUACUGACAUCAUA